AAAGAACGCUAUCUCGACCUAUCUACACUGUGAUAUAGAGCGAGAAAGAAACAGAGUUCUAGAGAGAGAAACUAUGGCGGCAGCUGUAAGUGCGUGGUCCAAACCAGGCGCGUGGGCGCUCGAUUCCGAAGAACACGAAAACGAGCUUCUUCAAGAGACCGACAACGACUCCAAGCACUUCAACGGCGGCGAUGCCUCCGAUCUCCUCCGCAACACAGCGGCGCUCACGGACUUCCCUUCCCUUUCCUCGGUGAAGACCACUAAGACAAAGAAGAAGAAGGGCCAAACCCUAUCUCUGGCCGAAUUCUCCACUUUCAGUGCCCCUAAGGCGGCUCAGGUCUACCAAGCCAAAGGCCUCACCACCGAAGAUCUCAUGAUGCUUCCUACCGGUCCUCGUGAGAGAACCGCGGAGGAAAUGGAGCGGUCCAGAGGCGGCGGGUUCAAAUCGUACAGUUCGAGCAGGUAUUCGAGCAGAGACGAAUCGUCAAACCCUAGGUGGAACUCUUCUAGGGGUUCUGACGAGCCUCGUAGACAAGAAGGGUUUGGCAGAGAUUCGAGCAGAGAAUUGGCGCCUUCUCGGGCUGACGAGACUGAUGAUUGGGGGGCUUCGAAGAAAUCAUCGUUUAGUAAUGGAUUUGAAAGGAAAGAGAGAGGGGAGAGGGGGGGAUUUUUUGAUUCGCAGUCGAGGGCGGACGAAUCGGAGAGUUGGGUUUCUAAUAAGAGCUUUGUUCCGACCGAAGGACGGAGAUAUGUUUCCAGUCGUGGUGCGUUUGAUGGUCUCAGAGAGAGGCGCGGAGGUUCUGAGAAUGGUGGUGGUCCCGAUUCAGAGAAUUGGGGGAAGAAGAAGGAAGAGGAGGGACGAAAGUUUGGAGUUAAUGGCGGUGCUUUUGAUAGUCUCAGUAGAGAGAGGAGAGGAGGUUUUGAGUCGGGAAUGAAUGGUGGUACUGAUUCGGAUAAUUGGGGUAAGAAGAGGGAAGAGUUUGUUGGGAGUGAGAGGCCAAAGCUCAAUUUGCAGCCCCGGAAGCUGCCGGUGGGUGAUGGGCAGCAAAAUGGCACUGGGUCACCAGCAAAGCCCAAGGCUUCCAACCCCUUUGGUGAUGCAAGGCCGAGGGAGGAGGUUUUGAAGGAAAAGGGUCAAGAUUGGAAGGAAAUUGAUGAGAAACUUGAGUCAAUUAAGAUUAAGGAGACCACAGAAGGGCCCUCUUUUGGAAAGAGGAGUUUUGGUAGUGGCAAUGGGAGGGCAAGCUUUCCAGAAGGUCGGGAUGGGAGGAGCUGGAGGAAGCCGGACUUCCUUGAUAGUCGUCCAUCAAGCGCUGACAAAAUGGAGUAUGGGGCUGUUGAAGCUGCCGAAGGCAAUGGUGUUGUGCAAGGGUGAUGAUGGUAAAGGUCAGCUUAGAAAGAUGAAGAGAAAAGGAAUGGGACUUGUUACAAAGUUUGAUAUGUGUUUUGAUUUGAUUAUUAGAUCAUUGGGUUCUUUUUUCUUCUAUUGUGUUUGUCCUUACUGGUCUUACUUUUGAGGUUUUGAAGGCAAUUUUGGUAGAUUCCUGACUAGGAGUAUUUUUAUUUAAAGGCUGAAUGGCUUUGUUUGUAGUGGGUGAUACAAUUCUGGAUUAUAUGUUCAUUUACAAUCUCUAUUGAUUACUCUCAAAUUUUGUUGUCUUUGUGAAA